AUGUCCGCUCAGGUCCUCGUCUCCCGCCCGUCCGCCCCGCAGAGUGUCCCCGCUGACAGCCUGCCUCGCCGAUCGGUGGAGGCGCCCUAUAACACCGGGGAGAGCUCCUCGUCCGGACUGGCCACCGCCGGCUUCCGCACCGCCAAGUACCUCCUGGAGGAGUGGCAGCAGGCCGCCUACACGUCCUUCUACCAGGCGUUCGGUGACCGGGACAGCUCGGAGAAGAGCCGCCAUGAGGCCAAGCAGCUGUCGGCGGAGCUGGAGGCCCGGGCACAGCGCAGCCAGGCGGACUCCACCAAGAGGCUGGGAGAGAGGCUGCUGGAUGUCCACUACUGGAGGGCGGAGCUGGAGAGGGAGAUCCGUGACGUCACCGCCGAGACACACCUCCUCUUGCAGUGCAAGAACCGCCUCCAGGGGGCACUGGACGCCACUGACAUCCCCUACAUCAUCUCCACCGACAACCUGCACUGCCGGGAGCGCAGAGAGGGCGGGGAGCUAGUGCGGGACGGGCGGAGCUAGAGCUCAUCAAGGAAGUGGAUCUGAUUAGAAACAUUCAAGAACUUCUGAAGAGGACCCUGGAGCAAACCAUCCAGCAGAUAAGGAUGAACAGAGAUGCCAAGGAGAAGCUGGAGAUGGAUUGGUCGGACAAGGUGGAGGCGUAUGACAUAGAUGACAAGUGUGGAAGAUACAACAAUCAAGCUACCGAUAUCCAGUUUCAUCACCAUUCCUCAAAAUUUGAAGACAAUACUUCCACUCCCGAAUCCUGGGCCCAGUACAGCCACGACAACAUAUACCGUGCAGAAAGGGAGAGAAUGGGUUCAAUCAAUCUUCGCUCUCUUAUUGACAAUAUCCUCCAAGACAUUUCUGAAGACCUGCGAUCUCAGUGCGAUAAUGUCAACAGCGCCUUUGCCAAGCGCUGUGAGGAAGUGGAGGAUGCCAAGAGGAAGAUGGAGGAUCACUUGAAGAAAACUCUGAAGGAGAUCGGAGAUCAAGAGAAUAAUAUAGCAGCUCUCAAACAAGCCAUUAAAGAUAAAGAGGCACCUAUGAAAGUGGCUGAGACGCGUCUGUAUCAGCGCUCCUACAGGCCUAACGUGGAGCUGUGUCGGGACCCUGUGCAGUUCCGGCUGGUGAGUGAAGUGGGAGAGCUGUCAGAGUCUGUGGAGUUCCUCAAGCAGAAACUGGAGGAGGCAGAGCAGUGUCUCCGCAAUCUGGAGGACACCAGAAUGUCUCUGGAGAAGGAUAUUGCUAACAAAGCCAACACUCUGUUCAUUGAUCGGGAGAAGUGCAUGGCCCACCGUACUCGCUACCCCACCGUGGUGAAACUCUCCGGCUACCAGUAG